UCCUACAGCCUGACAACAGACAUUUUUUACCGUCUUCCUCUCCAGUGUGUAGUUGUGACUUUGAGGCACAUUUAUCCAUCUGAUAUCCGACCAUGUUUCUCACGCAAGGAACACCACAGGGCCUAUAUGAACCGCCAGGGACCAGUUCUUGGGGGCAGACAGAUCCAGCAGACAUACAGCAUGGCUCAGAAAACAGCCCUAAUUGUGUACGCCCACCAGAGUCCGGGUUCGUUCAACGCGGCGGUGCGUGAUGUGGCGAUGCAGGAGCUGGAGACACAGGGCUACAAGGUGCUUGUGUCUGACCUCUACGCCAUGAACUUCAGAGCUAAUGCCACUCAGGACGACAUCAUCGGUGACCUCUCUAUAGCUGUUUCUUUUGGCUUAAAGGUCCCAUAUUAUGGUCCCAUAUGUGACCAGAAGAAUCCAGAGCUUUUCCAGUAUGGAGAUGAGACCAUGCAUGCCUGGAUGGAGGGCCGUCUAAGUGACGACAUCAUGGCAGAACAGGGCAAAUUGCAGGAGGCCGACCUUGUCAUCUUCCAGUUUCCUUUGUACUGGUUCAGUGUGCCAGCCAUCAUGAAGGGCUGGAUUGACCGAGUGCUGACACAAGGAUUUGCUUUCUCCCUGCAAAACAUGUACAAUAACGGUAUAUUCAAGGAUAAAAAAGCAAUGCUGUCUUUCACUACUGGAGCAACACAGACCAUGUUUCGGCCUGACGGUAUCAAUGGAGACAUCAACAUCACUCUGUGGCCUCUACAGAAUGGCACUCUGCACUUCUGUGGAUUUCAGGUUCUCGCUCCUCAGAUAUUCUGGAGCCCGGCUCACUGUCCCGCCGCCGUGCGAACAGCAAUGCUAGACGGGUGGCGAGCCCGGCUUAAAGGACUGUUGACAGAAAAGCCUUUGAGCUUCGCCCCCUGUGAGCUCUUUGACCUCAGCUUUCAGGGGGGGUUUAUGAUGUGGCCCAAAAUGAGGGAGGAGCAAGAAUCGCAGCCGUACGGCCUCACCACAGGACACCAUCUAGGGAAACCGCUGCCGCCUGACAACCAGAUCACUGCCCAGCCCGCUGAUGAAAAUAGUGCCAAACCAGCCUGCAAGAAGUAGAAGCUCUCUGUUUCUAUACAAGAUCACUUUAAUAACAAUGUUUGGGAUUUUGGAUUUUUGAAGUGCUUUAUAUCUACACAAGCUGAAAUAAAACAAUUAUAAAAGAAA